CGGAAUGCCAGAGAAGCUGGAGCACUUACAAGCACUUAGUUUAUCUUGAUACCUACUUCUCUUUGACUGCGACUGGCUCAAACGGAACGUACAACAAACAAGCGGAGAAACACAAAAAUCAAUAAGAUGCGCGUUCGCGGUCACCAGAUUUCAGCAUGUAGUUGCGGAGCCGGCUCUGGUGCAGCGUCGACCACGACCAGUGGCGCAGCGGCUGUAGCAGCCUUGAGAAGUCUGCUCCACCUACUGUUGAUAUUCCAAGCCGGAACUACUUUUACCGACGCUUGCACGAACCUGAUUGUCACACCAGGCGCGAGUACCGACGGAGCGACGCUGUAUUCCUACGCCGCCGACAGUGCCGGCCUGUACGGCUCGCUGGGCCGGUACAAAAAGCGGGAAAACAUCCCCGCGGGGACGGUGAAGAAAAUCUACGACUGGGAUUCCGGGAUGUAUCUGGGAGAAAUCCCCGAGCCGACCGCCACGUACGACGUGGUGGGUAACAUGAACGAGUACCAGCUCACGAUUGGCGAAACCACCUUUGGCGGCGUACCGAUUUUGACGCAGGGCCAGCCCGGGGCCGUGAUAUGAAUUGCAACAGUAUCGUACUAGUACGUAGGUAGUAAUAGCAUCACAAGCACAAAAAUAUUAAAUUUGCUUGGCGUGGUGAGAAAUGCACUUAACUUGAAAUGCGGAUUGCCCAUGCCCUUAAUGAAAACGAUGCAUGACUGCAAUCACUUUUACUACGAAUGCGAUACUUUUGCAGUGCAUAAGUGAUGGACUACGGGAACUUGAUCUGGACGACGUUGCAGCGGGCGAAGACCGUGCAGGAGGCCCUCCAGAUCAUGCCGGCCUUGGUUGAGAAAAAAGGAUAUGCUUCCGAGGGGGAGUUAUCAACUGCAAAAAUGUCUGGGUCUGGAAGAGUGUGGGUUUGUCAUGCUAGUCGGGCAUGACUCUGAGCUCUGUAUUGCGUGGCCGCAAAGAGCACCUCUUGCCUGUCAUGCAAAAACGCAGUUUCUCAUGCGGAAUACGCAACUCAGAACCACGGAAAAACCUGUCAUACUUGGCAGUGCAUUACAGUGUGCGCACUGUAGUUCCCUGACUUGCAUCACAAAUCUCCAGAGCCUGCGGAGGCUUGCCUCCAAAGCUAUGCUGGACAAUGGCAGUGUCGGUGCGGUUGUUUUAGCAUCACAAAUCUCCAGACCCAGACACUUUUGCAUUUGAUAAGAGUCUUUCACGCUGGCCGACCCGACGGAGGUGUGGAUUCUGGAAAUGAUCGGGAUAUGAGAGUGAGCCACUACUUUGUCUCCCCCUUAUUUGUCAUGCAGAAACGGAUAGUAUGUCUACUUACUUAUGUCAUGCGAAUAAAGGCACUACAUGAUCUGUGGUACUGCCUCUGUCAAGGUGAGGCCAGAAACACUGGCCUCGCCUUCAUGUUCCAGAGGAGGGGGAGAGCAUUUUGUGCUCUCUCAUACGGGAAGGGCAAGUACGAAAAGGGGGCCGUCUGGGUGGCGGUGAAGGUCCCCGACGGGCAUGUGGCUGGGCACGCGAACCAGGCACGAAUCACGACCUUUGACGUCAAGGACACUGCAAACUGCCGGGCCGCGCCCGAUGUGGAAAGUUUCGCGACAAAGGUAAAAAAAUAGUGCAUCAAGUUGGAAACAAGUUGAGUCCACAUUGUGGCGACUUUGGCUUGUUCUUUCGAGGAUACUCAUAGAUACUUUUCCAAGGUGAAGGUUUAUGCACUGUAGCUGUAGUACACCUGAGAAUUUUCCGUUUCUUAUAUCAUUAUCAUCUUUUUCUUCAGGCUAAUCUUUUCCUAAAAUAAGCUGUACAAGAAGAAGAAUGAAAAACAAAAAUCCAGGUCGGCCUGUAUGACCCGUCCAAGGGAGAGCCGUUCAACUGGGCCCAGGCAUACGAUCCCAUCAGCUUCACUGGCGCCCGCUGGUCGGACGCACGGGUUUGGUCCUUCUUCAGCCGGGUGACAAGCAUUCCGGAUUUCGAAAAGAAGUAUGAGAAGUACGUGCUCGGUGCAAACAUCACGAGCGCGACUACGCGCAUGCCGCUCUCCGUCCCGGUGAAAAAGAAGGUAUUGAAGGUGGAAUGAUGCUGUGCAAAAAGUUGUAAGUAGGCCUAGGCAACACGUGAAAUUAGAAUGCAAUGAAUUAAGGGCAGAACAACCAGAAGUCCGGCGUCACCGAGUCAUGGUCUUCCGAUUCCAAUCCAUUUUACAGCUCGCCGCCAAGGACCUGAUGCUUGGAAUGCGAAACAGCUUCGAGGAUUCCGCUCUGAAGAUGAAUUCUGACGUCGGUAUGGGCCCAUGGCGCGCAAACUACCGCGAUCGGCCGUUGUCCUGGUCUUACGUAUCUCCUGAGGAAAAAGCGUACCUCCUUCUUGUAUACAAUUUUGAAAAGAAAAACUGUUGCAACCACGUUUCAUUUGUCGCCGCAAAUCGUUAUAAUGCCAGCGAUUUCUUUUUCUACUACUACUUCUACUCAUGCUGCAGCUGGUGCACCAGCUAAGUACAGAACAGGCUGGCGCAGGCAUGUGCUAUUCUAAAUAUACAACUAGAAGACGCACAUGCCCUGACCCUGAGACAGGCCAACGAUCUGCACCAUCUGGCUGCAAUCCGUGACUGCAAAACUACAGAGCUGUGUACUUAUGCAAAUUCAGCAGUUUGUUUCGGUUAUAGGGAGCAAGGGAGGCUUUUAUUCAUCUUCAUACUACUCCGGCGAAUCCUACGCCAACGAGCGGUCUAUCGGGACGCAGCAAACCGCGUGGCACUUUGUCGCGGAAAUGCGGCACUGGCUGCCGAACGAGGUCGGCGGGGUUUUCUGGUUUGGCGUUGACGACACGCGGUUUUCCGUGCACAUCCCGUUUUACGCAUUCGCAACCGUGCCAAAAGCGCUGGAAAACCCGGGGCUGUCGGGCGGGGAAAGUGAAGGAGGAAAUACAAAUAGGAACAAGAAGAAACCGUGCACGAGGACAUCGAAAACAGCCACUGGCGUGGCGGCAUCACAAAAUAUUAAAAACGCACUUUCCUCGAAAAGAACUACCGCCAGCAUUUUGCUCCCGACAACUGCGAAUGCGAAGAAAGGAGGAGAUAAAAUGACACUCGAACCGGUCCUGGAAGAUGAAAUAAGCGAAGAAUUGACUUUCGAGGAGCAGAAACGGCGCGUGUUGGCCAGAACCGAGGACCGGUGCUUUGAAGAGGAUGUUGCUGACGAGGAAACAACUAGUAGUACAGGACAAGCUGCAUUGGAUACCCCGUCCUCGUCGGAUAUUAACACUUUUUCCUUCACCAGCCUGUUCUGGCUCAACCAGCUGGUCGCCAACCGGGUGUACUAUGAAUUGCAAAAGCAUAUUGCAUCGUACUCGUAUAAGUUGCAUUUUUACAACCAAGUUUUUCAGAAAGAAAGAUGGAAUUAGAAUUUGCAAAUGCAGGUGCAGCUUCGGGUAAGAUAAAACAAGAUUUAUCAUGUGCAAUUAGUACGAAAACGAAUGUGAUACUUUUGCAGAGCAUAUUUUCGCACAGUGGGACAUUCUGGCGCCCAUCGUGUCGAAGGAGGUCCAAACGCUGGAGGCCGCCCACUUCGAACUGCAAAGGAUCAUCGAGAAGCAGGCGCUGGGCAUGAAAAAUAGAAACGCGCGGAGUGCGUUUCUGUCCGCGGAGUCCACGGGCAUGACGAUGAUGACGGUAAAGCGCUGGCAGGAACUAUCCAGGAGAAACUUUGUAGACGAUCGUUUUUAAUCUGAAUAAGAGCCAUAUGCAUAUUUUUAAAGCGGAACAUGCAACACAGUCACGCUGACGCGUAUGGCCACGCAGGAUGAAAUAGUCAAUCAGAGUGGUCUCUUACUCUUCUCAUCAGGGACAACCAUACACACUAAAGAUAGUGGCGCAUGAGAAAUUUAUUCGAUAUACAUGGGACUACCGCCACAAAAGUUUUUUUUCUUGCAUGAAAACUCUGGGUCUACUUGACGGUCACCUACAGGGACGGGGUGAAGGUAACGUAUGUGUAUCGCCAUGUAGUACUUUGUGUUUUCAUUGUUUUAUGGUGAGGUCUUCUCUUCAAUUUCAGUUUUGUAGUAGUCUGCAUAAAAAGCCUAGGAGCGGGAACGAUAGUACUGUACAUGGAACAAACCGUGUCCGUGCUGAUGAAGAGAGCCUAUCAGUAUCAUCGAUGUUGAAAAGAAGGAGAAUGGCACUGUGUCCAAUACAGUCAUUCAUGAUCAUGACAAUCAUACGGUAUUACUGGUACAUCAGGUGCUUCCCGCGCAGGCGGGGCACGAUCACGGCGGCAGCGACAUGGGGGGCCCAGUGGCGGACGUGGUUCAGGGCAGUUUAUGCAUAGAAAAACUAUCGUAUUGGUAGAAAUUGCAUUGCAAGAUUUUUCACCUAGAAAAAUGGAGUCUGUAUUGCUCAUUGACCUACGAAGCGAGCUUUGUCAAGUCAUGCAGAUGCACGCCUGCAAUUACUACGAGAACGAGUGCGGUAGUACUUUUGCACUGAAUGAAGUGGUGUGGGCAACAACGAAUGGUCCGACGAGUGGAAGGCUCGGAUCGUCGCCGAGGCCGGUGACCACUUUCGCAUCCCGAAACAAGUUCUUGCAGGCGACAUCAUCAAGGGCGGCUCGUACACCACCAGCCAUCAGGUUGGCAAAGAAGAACCAGCACACCACGAAGAACUGCACCGCUGGAUCUCGCAGAAAGAAGCCGUUGUUAUGGGCAAAGAGCGCAACGCGCGGACCACGGUAAAGGCUGCAGCGCUCGCCGAAAUGGAACGGUUGAACAGAAUGAAAUCAGCUCAAGAACAAGACGAAGGCCGCACGACGAGCGCCGUUGCCGCACUGGCAGACCGGGCCGCGCAAAUCUACAUCUGAACGUCGAACAUGUUUCCUACACGGUGGAAUACAGUUUGCAACUUGAUGUCUGGAGCUGCUCGUGCUAUACUUACACAAAUCUCCUGGUACAGUUCCAGUUGCAUCUACUACAAUGGUGACACGAUCCCUUCGAACUUGGUCUUGCGCUGAUGUUGCGCCACACAUAAAGAUGUUGUUGACACCGAGGAAAAAACAAACAUAGCGAUAGCGAGCCAUGUUGCGCAUAGUAGACAGCUCAUAUUCGGGAGUUACGUGAACGUACACUAAAUUUUGCAACUGGUAGAAGUCGUUUAGAACUCAGCCAAACUUCUCACUGGACGAGAAUCACUUUGCUUGUGCUCUUGAAACAAGCAGUGCAGUUCUGAAAAGAUAGUAGCAGCGUAAAAGUUAAAGUAGUAAUCUACAUCAGUUCAACUCGUACUCGUAU